CUUAACUGGCCAAUCAACAAGCAACUUGCUUUUCAUUGGGUAUCAUUUGAUUAGUUCAUAAUUCGAUAAAACUAACGCCAAAAGGCGCUAUUUGUCUUGUCCAAUCAAAAUUUUGAAUUAUUAUUUGAAAAAAAUUAAAUUUCUGAAAUUUUUGGUUUGAUUAAAUUCAAACUAUUCGGUUUUGGAUUGACAAUAACUUGAUGAUGUAUCAACAACCAGAAAAUUCCAAUGAUAAUUCAUUAAUGGCAGAUCAAAUGGGCCAUACAACAGAUAGUUAUGAUAGUGGAGACAAUGAUCGUAGUGAAUUAUUAUUGCGUGAACAGGAUCGUUUCUUACCAAUCGCUAAUAUAUCAAGAAUAAUGAAAAAAUCGAUACCAGCCAAUGGAAAAAUAGCUAAAGAGGCAAAAGAAUGUGUUCAAGAAUGUGUUUCCGAAUUCAUUAGCUUCAUUACAAGCGAAGCUAGUGAUCGAUGUAAACAAGAAAAACGUAAAACGAUCAAUGGUGAUGAUAUUUUAUUUGCUAUGUCUGUACUUGGAUUCGAUAAUUAUAUUGAACCAUUACAAGUAUAUCUGAUGAAAUAUAGAGAUUUUAUCAGUCGUAAUGAUAAGGAAAUCAAAAAUAUUGAUCUCAAAGAUGAUGACGAUGAUAGCUCAUCAACAAAUCAACAUGAAGAUGAUUCCAUUCAAUAGUUUUGACUAAAUUCAUUCAUUCUAGCAGUUCUGAUUUCAAUCUUUUUUUAUCAAUCUAUUAGAUUUAUCCAUUAUUGUAAAAUAAUU